AUGCGCGCGGUCGUGCAGCGCGUCAAGAGCGCGUCCGUGACGGUCGACGGCGAGGUCGUCUCCGCGAUCGGCCCCGGUCUGAUGGUCCUGGUCGGCGUCAAGGAGGGCGACGGAGUGGACGAGCUGGAGUGGACGUGCAAGAAAGUUGUAAAUCUUCGACUGUUCCAUAGCGACGCGGAGGGGAAGCCGUGGGCGCGCUCGGUCGCGAGCGCGGCGGACGCGGGGAAGGCGCCGCGCGAGAUCUUGUUCGUCUCGCAGUUCACGCUGCACGCGAGCGUGACGAAGGGGAACAAGCCGGACUUCCACCGCGCGAUGCGCGGCGAGGACGCGAAGGUUCUUUACGAAAAGUUUUUGACGCGCGCGCGACGCGCGCUCGUCGACGCGACGGGCGAGAGAGACGCGGGAAACAGGGUGAAGGACGGCGUGUUCGGGGCGACGAUGGACGUCGCGCUCGUGAACGACGGCCCGGUCACGGUCGUCGUGGACAGCGACGAUCGCAGCAAGUGA